CCAGCUGCCCCGCUCGCUUUACCCACUAUCGAUCCGGGCGAGUUCACCAAGAAGUUUGCCAACAUGAACAUCUUAACCACCAGCUUCUUGUCACGCGACGCAAAAGAAAAAGAAACGCCGAAUGACAUUGCCCAGAAAUAUGCCCAACUCUCCUUGCAGAUGAUCGAUAGGAAGGAGGAACCAGUGGUACUGGUCAAGCCCGAAAUGUCGAGUAACUUGUCGGUUCGUCUCGCAAGGGUGCUCAACACGCCCAUCAGCAGCGACUCGGCGCUCCAAGAGCUGCUCCGGUCCUUGAAUGACCAUUUCCUGAAAAAGAUACCGACCCCAAAGGCACUGAACGAGUACGAGUAUCGGGAUGACUAUUCAACACAGACCGAUUAUACGCCUCAGGAUGAUUCCGAGGACAUGUUGAUCCGGCCGGGGAUUGUCGGGUCCAUUCACCGUCGCCGCUUGCGAAGCGACUUAGAGGACGACUUGCUCAACCACCACCUUUCCGUGCUCAACACCUUCAAGCCGUUGGUGGCAAAGUUGCGCACCGUUGAACAGAACCUCCAGGAAUUGGAGCGCCUCCACGAAACGUCCGUCGCGGAUUUGAGCACCAGCUACACUCAGCUAGGCGGCGACGAGUUCCACCGCGAAAUCCUCGACUUGCAGCGUGCUCGCCGCACCGUGACGUUUCAAAAGACCCUCUUGGCGAGCUUCCAGGCCAAGUACACAUUGAACGAGUACGAGCAGCACGUGUUGGGCGACCUUGUUCCAGGGUCGGCAAUGGACCCGGACGCUGCCUCCAGCGACGAGUAUUUCCGCGUUCUUGCCAAAGCCGAGGACAUCAGCGAGAACUGUGCGGUGUUGUUGUCGUUAGACAACCCAGACCUCGGCAUGAAGAUUAUGGCCCGGGUGAACGAGCUCAUCGGCUCCUCUCUUGGCAAGCUUGUCUAUUCCAUCGAGAGGUACUUUACCGGUCACUCUACGGCCCUGGCAGCGUCGAUGAAACGCGCGCUCGUGGUGUUGCAGCCCCACCAGCAGUUUCGCACGGUGGUGGACCAGUUGGUCGAUGCCCGAACCAAGGUCUUGACCCGCGAGUUUCAGGCGCAUCUUGACGGUGGCGACGGGGAGGAUAACCGGCCGAUUCUUCUCUCUGCGCACGAUCCCUUGCGCUUCAUCGGCGAUUUGCUCGCCUAUGCUCAUAGCGUGAUUGUGAACGAGUCGGAGACCAUCUCUGGCUUUUUUGAGGCCGACGACUCGAAGGGGACGUUGGAAACCCAUACAGAAACCCUUUCUUCAAUCAAGUACAUCACGGUUCACGUUUUAAACGCAUUGGGCCGGUUGUUGAAGCUCCGCAUCGAGCAGUUGAUCAAGGUGGAGGCCAGUUUGUCCACCAUCUACGAGAUCUAUGGGCUCCUCGAACUCUACACGUUGAUGUUUGCGAAGCAGCUACCCGCCCUGGAGGAUGAAUCCUUGCUCGAUACGCUCCACGGACUCCAGACUGUAGCCCAGGAGCGCAUUUUUGGCAUCACCAAGGACAAGUUGGCCCCCGUCGACACGGAGCAUGACGGGAGCAUGGAACUCUUGCAGCCUCCGGAGUGGAUCGUUGACUUCUACGGCUCCAUCUUGCCGUUGAUCGACCGCAGCACUGAUGAGACGUUCAUGGGCUUCUCUCCCGAGACAAACGCCCAGUUUGUCGCGUUGGUGGUUCAGGAGCCGGUUGAUAUCUUCCUCAAGCAAACCGAUGCGAUGGUAUUUCCCAAAAAGAACAGUUCGGUGAACAGACUCAUCUUGAAGCUGAACUUCUACGACCUCGUGCUCUCGAAAAUCUUGCCCAUUGCGCUCUUGGCGGACAGCGUGUUUACGAUCAGCGAGGAGAUGGGUCGUUGUGUGACGCAGUUGACGGCGUUGGAGUUUGACGUGUUACUUGCCGAGUCCCACUUGACUGACUUUUACAACUUGGUCAACAUGAUCUGUCCGUUCGAGCGCGAUUUCUUUGACGUUUCCAUCUACGAGCCAAUCAAGGAGAACAAGUUGUUUACCCGCGAGACCGUCGCAGCGGUGGACCGCGUAUUAGGGGAGUUCUUGCCGAUGGCGUUGACCGACGUCCAGCAGACGCCGUUGUUGAAGCUUAACUCGCCGACCGCUGCCAACGACAUCAUUACGAACUCGUCCGUGGAGUUUAUCAACUUCUACCAUAAGUUGCAGUUGUUGACGGUGGAGUUUUUGGGUGAGGGUUUCACCUGGAACGACGCUGAGGUGGCAACGUUGUUGGGAGUCGAAGAGGCGUACAAAGAG